UUGAAUCAUUAAACGCCAGCUCGAAAAAACAAGAAUUAAUAAGUCCUACACCAGAAAAAACCGUGUCGUGAUAUUCCGCUCGGUCAGACAAAAAGUCAAAAUUACCACGAGUCAGUUUUUAAAUGUUCGGUACGCGUGAAUCUUCGUUGGAAUGAAUGUGUAUGUGUCGACAUGUGUACUUUGCAAGAUUGUGACCCAUGAACUUGAAAGUCGUCUGCAAGAAACUGGCAAAGUUCAAGAAGUGAUUGAAAUAGGCUAUUCUUUAGAUGACAUCAAGCCUAAAAAGAAGACACAUUACAAGAAAUCAGAGUUGCGGCUGGUUGAGUCGUUAGACAAGAUUUGUGACAGGAUUCUUGAAUAUAACAUCCACAAAGAGCGAGAUGACAGCUCAAGAUUCGCUAGAGGAAUGAGUCAGACAUUUAAAACCCUCCAUGGGCUAGUUGACAAAGGAGUGAAAGUUGAUCUGGGAAUUCCUUUAGAGCUGUGGGACAAGCCUUCUGUUGAAAUAACGAACAUGAAAACUCAGUGUGAACUCAUGCUAGAAGAGUUUGAAGAGGAUAUAGAAGAUUGGUACAAGGGCUCGCAAGACAAAGGUCUACAACAAUAUCUCUGUGUCGAGAGAGUUCUCGACGCAAACAACCAAGCUUGCCUCGCUGAACCUUUUGAACCAUCGGAGAAAAAGAGCAAAAAACAGAGAAAAGGAGACAUAGGACGGGCAACAGAACAGAAAAAAAUUGAUGACGAGUUAUAGAACAUUAAGCUGAAAUCAGCUUCUUUGAAUCCUCUUGAAGUAUGAUUUUUAAUGGGUUUAUUAUUGCUCAGUUUACCUUAACAAUAUGAUGGUAGUUUGAUGCAAUUCAUUUAUUUGUUGAGCCUCUUACACUGGAUGCUCUAGACAAUGUUGACAUUUUGUAUAUUAAGUAAAUCUAAACAACUUUAGAUAUUAAUUAUGCGAGGGUUGUAUGUAAAUUAAGGUCUCCGUUAAACUCCCAUCACAACCAAGCAAGCUAGUUUCUAAAACCAACGCCUUCCUUACUUUUACUACUAUUCUACUUGCUGGUUCCCGGCCCUAAUGGAAAAUUAGCCAGAUUAUAGUAUUAAAAACUGUUGUAAAAGAAAACUAACGCUCCUGACAAGUAUGAAUCACGUUCUGCAUGAAGGGGGUCAAUUCUUGGCGGUUACUGUUGCUAGUUGACAAAUGUGUAUGCAGGAAAGUAGUUUGAUGUAGAAAAUGUGCAUUAGUGGUUUAGGGAGUGUACAUUUUACACACCCAACGAUGUUGGGAUCGGGUUUUCAUCAGUUUCUGUUGUGACAGCUAGUGGAUUCUGGAAAACUUUGCUCGCAGAUCAGCGUGUUUAAGACUUCCAAGGCUGAUCGUAGUAAUUUAUAAUCUUUUUAGAGACAUCUAAUAAGGGUAUUGGUAUUCGUUUGAUAAUAUCUCUUGUUCAGUCACACCACAAUCUUUAUGCAAAAUUCACCCUAUCUUUGUACAUAUGAGACUUAUGCACAACAGCAGUUAGCUCACUAAUGGUGAACAUCGGGCAAAUGUAUAAAACCAUCCUCAAACUCUCUCCACCAAUUGCGCACAUGUUGUACUUCUAAACAUGUUAAUCUAUUCAUGUUCGUCAACUGGCAAUAAACUUCAACAUUGGUUGAAUACCGAGACACCUAAAAUCUAUUUACGGAACAUGGUUUAUACUUGGUAGUUAUCAAUUUUCUUUCUCAAAGUUUUUCAAUACAAUGAACAGACCAAUCGUUCCGCAGUAUUGGGAAUGAGCUAGAACGGUAGCAAACGAUAUAAUGAACACGACGUAUAUCUUGAAUUUUACUAGCUAAUUCGGCUGCGACGGGAGUUCGAUGAUUGCCUUAAUUUAUAAACAACCUUAAUAAUUAACAUUAAAUUCAAUAAGCAAUGAUAUAAGUUUACAGGAAUAUUCUGCAUAGUAUUUCUACUUUUAUGUAUAUAUUUUGUUGUAAACUCUAGUCUGUUUUACUUAUAUUUUUACGGAAACCAAAAACGAUGAUAGUUUAAAUAUGUUUGGUUUUUCUUAUGUUCUUUUUAGCUAAGUUUUUUAUAUUUAUAAGUGGCCAAAAAUGUUAUCAUUGAAAACUGUUUGCCAAGCUAUUGAUUUAUUGAAAACUUAGAACAAACUCAUCUGUGAGGAAUUAUUUUAUAGCUCUAACCUGAUUCAUGAUUAGCCUUUUAGAGCAAGAAACUGCAGUUAGUGUAUACUACUGCAGACCGAACCAUUAUCAACACAGUUAACUUAAACUUGUAUUUGAGAAUACCUAUUAUUUUAGUUUUGGUUCUUAAUGCCCGGUAAGUUAGACACCCUUGCUAUCAAAGAGCUUAGAGAUUAGAGAUUAGAUUAUUCUUUGUGUAAUGUAAGAACAUUUACUGUAGUUUUUAAAGAACAAGAUGUUUUCCUCAAUGUGUUUAAACUACCGCCAUUAAUAAUGGAGUUUGUGAUAGUAGUAUUAUGUCAUCACUAGGUGUAAAGUUACUAUUUUUGACCCAAGCUCAAGUUUCACUAUGUAAAAAAUGAGCUAAAAAAAACUAAAAAUGAGGGUGAAAAGUCAUUUUUUGCCCGUCUCAAAAACAAUUUUUUUGUCAUAUUGCAACAUUAUUCAACUAACUUAAGCUAGAAAAAUGAAAAUACUUUAUAUAUAAGGGUAACUUCUCAAAACAACUUCCAAAUUGUUUUCAAUUGCUAAUGUAAACAAACAACUGUUUAGUAUGUGAAUCAAUAAUUUUGUUUAUUACAAUUUUUUUCGUGUACAAUAUCGAUAUGUCAAACUAUUGACAAGACAACAAUAAGGUACAACCAAUUAAAUCAAUCGAUACAUAAUUUUGAUAAAUGCAUAUAGUCCAGGCAAAUUAGAUCAAAUAUAGGGUGUGCUCCCCAAAAAAUCGUCUAAAGCUGGAAAGUGUUUUAAUACCUUUUGGG